AUGCGGAGGUGGCUGACUGCAAGGUCUCUGACGUCUAUACUGCCUAUGGAACGCCCGAGAAGGUCCCUCUUCUCAAACAAGACGGCUGUUCUAGAAGGGACACCGCCAGCUCCAGAAGGCCCCCCUUACAUCGUCCGCAGGAUCAUUACGAACAGCGGAUGCGACACUAUUGCUAUAGACAGAGCCAAGAUUGCCAUCGGUGACUUUGGAGAGUCGUGGAGCCCUGGCAUGAGCACGAGAUACGACCUCGCUACACCGGCAUUCUACCAAGCCCCUGAGUCGAGGAAUGCCAAAGAGAAUAAUUUGCCCCUUGGGUUCCCUUCAGACGUGUGGUCUCUUGGGUACAUCAUCUUUAACGUCUUCAACCACGAUUCCGACGACUUUGGUCCGCCGUUGAAGGAACGCGUUAUUGUCUGGCUGAAGAAAAGUAGACGCGGAGAUAUAUCGGAUGAAGAGCUUCAGGACAUCUAUGAACUACUGAAGUGCAUUUUCUGCCUGGAGCCUGAGGACAGGAUCACUGCUUCUCAGUUGAUGUGCGGUGACUGGAUGAAGAAGUGGAGAGUCCCGGCAUUGAAAGCCAUGGAAGAGGCUUAUGGAGCGGAAUGCAAGCAGAGAGAAUGA